CCCGUACGCCUGUCCUUGCCCAUGCACCUCUUGCAAGUGGGAAGGUCCACUAGACGACGUUCUUAACCACUUACUCACCACUCACAAGACCAUUACAACACUUGGCGGAGAAGACAUUGUGUUCUUGGCGACAGACAUUCACCUGCCCGGGGCUGUCGACUGGGUGAUGAUGCAAUGCUGUUUCGACCACUACUUCAUGUUGGUUCUGGAAAAACAGGAGAGACACGAGGGACACCAGCAGUUCUUCGCCGUCGUUCAGUUGAUAGGGACGGAGAAAGAGGCCAACGCUUUCAGAUACAAGUUGGAGCUGGUGGGUCAUGGUAGAAAGCUAACAUGGGAAGCAAAGCCUCGAAGGUAUAAACAUACAUGUACAUACAUGCACUAA